GAAAAGGUGUGACGCCACGCCAGCACGCUCUCAAACAACAACGGCUCCCCAGGAGGAAAAGCCUCUCCUCCGUCGGUCUGCGACUCGCGCCGGACCGCCCCGCCCAGCUCCCCACCAAAGCACGCGCUUUUCCGCCACCGCAAAGCACCAGCGCGACCCUCACCAUCGCCACGCGCUCGUGCUGCGCACGCCACCACGCAUGCAGCCGUCCGCCCCGCUGCCACUCUCGCGUGAAGGCUCACUCCCCGCUCCGCCCACCUCUCCGCGAUAUAUUGCUCCCCUCCGGCCCUCCUAAUUUUAGCACCACCAUUUCGGCCGCAGGGUUUAAGCAGCAGGGGACGACGAGGCGGGGUUAGUUCAGUUGGUUUGUUGGAUCCGAUCCGGCUGCGGCGGCGAGAUGGCGGUGGCGCCGGCAUUCGCGGUUUCCGGGGCGGCCCUCGGCGGGGCCACGCGGGCUCCCCGACCCACCGGCUGCGGGGAGCGGAGGCGCGGGGCGGAGCUACCCUCGCGGUCUCUGGUCUUCGGGCGCAAGUGCUCCUGUUUCCCUCGGGCUGUCCGCGCCGGAGGUUCGGGGAUGCGCACGGCGGCCGCGUCCGGGGAGGUGGUGAUUCCCGAGGGAGAGAACGACGGCUUGACGUCGUCCGACGAUUCGGUUCUGUACAAGUCUGAUGAACUGGAGGUACCAGUCAUCGAUGGGGAAUCGACAACAGGGGUUGGGCGUGAAGUUAAGAUCGAGUCCUCAGAGUCAAGGCACGAUGCUGGCGAGGCUGAUGCUGAAGCCUUGAACAAAAUGGCAAUAGAAUCAGCUACAGAGGAGAAACCACGAGAUGUCCCACGACCGUCAGAUGGACAGAAAAUAUACCAGAUUGACCCGAUGCUGCAAGGCUUUAAGUACCAUCUUGAGUAUCGUUACAGCCUAUAUAGGAGAAUACGUUCAGACAUCGACCUGUAUGAAGGAGGCUUGGAAGCUUUCUCCCGCAGUUAUGAGAAGUUUGGGUUUAAUCGCAGUGCUGAAGGUGUUACUUAUCGAGAAUGGGCUCCUGGAGCACAUUCUGCAGCAUUAGUAGGCGACUUCAACAACUGGGAUCCAAAUGCAGACCAUAUGAGCAAAAAUGAGUUUGGUGUUUGGGAGAUUUUUUUGCCUAACAAUGCAGAUGGUUCAUCACCCAUUCCUCAUGGAUCACGUGUAAAGGUCAGAAUGGAUACUCCAUCAGGGAUAAAGGAUUCAAUUCCUGCCUGGAUCAAAUACUCACUGCAGGCCCCAGGAGAAAUACCAUACAAUGGGAUUUAUUAUGAUCCUCCCGAAGAGGAGAAGUAUGUAUUCAAGCAUCCUCAACCUAAACGACCAAAAUCAUUGCGGAUAUAUGAAACACAUGUUGGAAUGAGUAGCCCGGAACCGAAGAUCAACACAUAUGUAAACUUUAGGGAUGAGGUGCUUCCAAGAAUCAAAAGACUUGGAUACAAUGCAGUGCAAAUAAUGGCAAUCCAAGAGCACUCAUAUUAUGGAAGCUUUGGGUACCAUGUUACUAAUUUUUUUGCACCAAGUAGUCGCUUUGGGACCCCAGAAGAUUUAAAGUCCUUGAUAGAUAGAGCUCAUGAGCUUGGCUUGCUUGUGCUCAUGGAUGUGGUUCACAGUCAUGCAUCAAGUAAUACUCUAGAUGGGUUGAAUGGUUUUGAUGGUACGGAUACACAUUACUUUCAUAGUGGUACACGAGGCUAUCAUUGGAUGUGGGAUUCUCGCCUGUUCAACUAUGGGAACUGGGAAGUUUUAAGGUUUCUUCUCUCCAAUGCUAGAUGGUGGCUUGAGGAAUAUAAGUUUGACGGUUACCGGUUUGAUGGUGUGACCUCCAUGAUGUACACUCACCAUGGAUUACAAGUAACAUUUACGGGGAACUACAACGAGUAUUUUGGCUUUGCCACUGAUGUUGAUGCAGUGGUUUACUUGAUGCUGGUAAAUGAUCUAAUUCAUGGACUUUAUCCUGAGGCUGUAACCAUUGGUGAAGAUGUUAGUGGAAUGCCUACAUUUGCCCUUCCUCUUCAAGAUGGUGGGGUAGGUUUUGACUACCGGAUGCAUAUGGCUGUGGCUGACAAAUGGAUUGAACUUCUCAAGGAAAGUGACCAAGCUUGGAAGAUGGGUGAUAUUGUGCACUCACUAACAAAUAGAAGGUGGUUAGAGAAGUGUGUUACUUAUGCUGAAAGUCACGACCAAGCACUAGUUGGUGACAAGACUAUUGCAUUUUGGUUGAUGGACAAGGAUAUGUAUGAUUUCAUGUCUCUGGACAGACCUUCAACACCUACUAUUGAUCGUGGGAUAGCAUUGCAUAAGAUGAUUAGACUUAUCACAAUGGGUUUAGGAGGAGAGGGUUAUCUUAAUUUUAUGGGAAACGAGUUUGGACAUCCUGAAUGGAUAGAUUUUCCGAGAGGUCCGCAAAGACUUCCAAGUGGUAAGUUCAUUCCAGGUAAUAACAACAGUUAUGACAAAUGCCGUCGAAGAUUUGACCUGGGUGAUGCGGAGUAUCUUAGGUAUCGUGGUAUGCAAGAGUUUGAUCAGGAAAUGCAGCAUCUUGAGGAAAAAUAUGGAUUCAUGACAUCAGAUCACCAGUAUAUUUCUCGGAAACAUGAGGAAGAUAAGGUGAUUGUGUUCGAAAAAGGGGAUUUGGUAUUUGUGUUCAACUUCCAUUGGAAUAACAGCUAUUUUGACUACCGUGUUGGUUGCUUAAAGCCUGGGAAGUACAAGGUGGCCUUGGACUCAGACGCUGGACUCUUUGGUGGAUUUGGCCGGAUCCAUCACGCUGCAGAGCACUUCACUACCGACUGUUCACAUGACAACCGGCCCCAUUCGUUCUCAGUGUAUACCCCCAGCAGAACUUGUGUUGUCUAUGCUCCGGUGGAAUGAUAGCAAGGUGCUUCUGCAUGCAUGUGUGCCGCUAUCGUCGCGAGGAAGCAAGGAAAGCAUUUAGCCAAUACAGCCAGUUGCACAGUUUGCUUUUGUGCUUCAGAUUAGGAUGUUUUCUGCAAUCCCCACCGUUGGGUUCAAUAAGGUUCUGCUUCAUCGAUGCUGGAAAGCCCAGACAUCUUCUGAAAUGCCACCGGUUUUGUAAACCAUCAUACCCCUAUAGAUCGUUGCUACCCUUUGCAAUGCCGGUUGAACAGAGAUUUUGUUUGUCUUGUCAUGCUUCAUGCCAGAUCGGAAUUCCAUUCCUUCAUUUUGUACUUUAGGCGCUAUUUAUCGCGUGA